GCAAAUGUGAAAGCAAUGGAAUGGACGGGCGGAAAAUGAUCUGUCCCGCAAGAGUGAAGGGAAUUGAGCUCUUAGUGAGUGUUAAAAGCGGCAGAGAAAGAAGGACGACGAAGAAGAAGACAGAGCAGAAGCAGACGAAGAGGAUGACACAUUCGCGUAAGCAUACGAGAGGAGGCGUGUCGUCUCCGGUGUAGGAUAGCUUAGCUCCCUUCCUACAUUUUGAUUCCCUCUCAGUUUCACCUUAGCAAUCGUGUUUUCCGUGCGUUUUACAAGGCGGUUAAGCAACAGGAAAGGCAUCGCAGCCAAGCAAAGCAAAAAUCAAAGUAAAUUCUUGCUUCCACGAAAGUAUUUUACGAAAACAGGUUUUAAGAACAGUUGCAACGGCUGAAGGUGUUGUUUCUCAUCGCCAUGACCAUGAGAGGGACGAGGCUUUCGAUUCUGUGGCUUUUGACGGUCGGCCUUGUCGUGGCGGCGACGUUUGCCGCCAAUGUGACCUACGACCACCGUGCUCUGGUGAUCGACGGCCAGCGCAGGGUGUUCAUUUCCGGCUCCAUUCAUUAUCCUCGCAGCACUCCAGAAAUGUGGCCGGACCUUAUUCAGAAAUCUAAGGAUGGAGGACUGGAUGUGAUCGAGACCUACGUUUUCUGGAACUUGCACGAACCUGUUCGAGAACAGUAUGAUUUUGAGGGAAGAAAAGAUUUAGUUAAAUUUGUCAAAUUGGUUGCGGAAGCUGGGCUAUAUGUCCAUCUGCGCAUCGGUCCUUAUGUUUGUGCUGAAUGGAACUACGGUGGCUUUCCUCUUUGGUUGCAUUUCGUACCUGGAAUUCAAUUCCGAACUGAUAAUGAGCCAUUCAAGGCUGAAAUGAAGAGAUUCACAGCGAAGAUUGUGGACAUGAUGAAGCAAGAAAAUCUCUUUGCAUCUCAAGGUGGACCCAUUAUCUUAUCUCAGAUUGAAAAUGAAUAUGGGAACAUUGAUGCAGCAUAUGGACCUGCUGCAAAAACUUAUAUUAAAUGGGCAGCAAGUAUGGCUACAUCCUUGGAUACUGGAGUACCAUGGGUGAUGUGCCAGCAAUCAGAUGCACCUGAUCCUAUAAUCAACACUUGCAAUGGGUUUUACUGUGACCAAUUCACCCCCAACUCUGCCAAUAAACCAAAAAUGUGGACUGAGAAUUGGAGUGGAUGGUUUCUUUCAUUUGGUGGAGCUGUGCCCCACAGACCUGUGGAAGACCUUGCUUUUGCUGUGGCACGUUUUUUCCAACGAGGGGGAACCUUCCAAAAUUACUAUAUGUACCAUGGUGGGACUAACUUUGGCCGGACUACUGGUGGACCGUUCAUUGCUACAAGUUAUGAUUAUGAUGCUCCAAUCGAUGAGUAUGGAAUUGUUAGACAACCCAAGUGGGGCCACCUAAAAGAUCUGCAUAAAGCCAUAAAACUUUGUGAACCUGCAAUGGUAGCCACUGAUCCAACAAUUACGUCUUUGGGUUCAAACUUGGAGGCAAGUGUCUAUAAAGCUGAGUCAGGUUUGUGUGCUGCUUUUCUUGCCAAUGUGGGUACACAAUCUGAUGCAACUGUGAACUUCAAUGGCAAUUCAUAUCAUCUACCUGCAUGGUCUGUGAGCAUCUUACCUGACUGCAAAAAUGUAGUGCUUAAUACUGCAAAGAUUAAUUCUCAGGCUACAGUUCUAAAAUUCAUGACUCAACCUUCAAAUGAUGAUGCUGAUGCUUCUAAAGCAGGCUGGAGUUGGUUUAAUGAACCAAUUGGUAUCUCAAGUCACAAUGCCUUCAUGAAACUUGGGUUAUUGGAACAAAUAAAUACAACAGCCGACAAAAGUGACUAUCUGUGGUAUUCACUUAGCACUGACAUUCAAGGUGGAUCUCAAACAGUUCUUCAUGUGGAGUCACUUGGCCAUGCUCUUCAUGCUUUUGUUAAUGGGAAACUUGCAGGGAGUGGAAAAGGCAGUAGCAACAAUGCCAAAGUUGCCAUUGAGCUUCCCAUCUCACUCAUCCCUGGAAAGAACACAAUUGAUCUCUUGAGUUUGACAGUGGGACUUCAGAACUAUGGGGCAUUCUUUGACAAAUCAGGUGCUGGGGUUACUGGUCCAGUGAAGCUGAAAGGUGUAAAUAAUGGAUCUACAAUUGAUCUCUCCUCACAACAAUGGAAGUAUCAGGUUGGACUGAAAGGUGAAGAAUUAGGCCUCUCUAAUGGGGGUUCUUCAGGUUGGGUAUCAGAACCCACCUUACCCAAGAAGCAACCCUUGAUUUGGUACAAGACAAACUUUGAUGGCCCAUCUGGCAAUGAUCCAAUUGCAAUAGAUUUCACGGGAAUGGGAAAAGGUGAGGCAUGGGUGAACGGCCAAAGCAUUGGACGUUUUUGGCCAACAUAUACGUCUUCAAAUGCUGGUUGUACGGAUUCCUGUAAUUAUAGAGGCCCAUAUAAUUCAAAUAAAUGCAUCAAGAACUGUGGGAAACCAUCUCAGCAAUUGUACCAUGUGCCUCGUUCAUGGUUACAACCAAGUGGGAAUACUUUGGUGUUGUUUGAGGAAAUGGGUGGAGAUCCAACACAAUUAUCUUUUGCCACAAGACAGAUAGGAAAUUUGUGCUCGCGCGUUUCCGAGUCUCACCCACAACCUGUUGACAUGUGGAAUGCAGAUCAGACGACUGGAAGGGGACCAGGGCCUAUGCUAUCACUGGAAUGCCCUUUUCCUAAUCAAGUCAUUUCUUCGAUCAAGUUUGCAAGCUUUGGAACUCCUCAUGGGACUUGUGGAACUUUUAGCCACGGAAAGUGCAGCAGCACCAGAGCUCUUUCCAUCAUACAGAAGACCUGCGUUGGAUCAAAGAGUUGCAGCAUCGGAGUCUCAAUUGAUACAUUUGGGGACCCAUGUGUUGGAGUGACCAAAAGUUUAGCAGUAGAAGCUUCCUGUACAUGAAAAGUUUUUGCAGUGUAGUAUUGUCUACCUUGGGAGGAGCAAGCAAAGCUUUGGCCCUACCUAAAUGUACAAUCAAGUAAACAACUUGAUUGAUCAAUAAUGUUGAAAUAAAAUGCUUGACCGCCAGAAAAGAAGUGGUGCCUCAUCCUACAUUUUGCCUUCUCCUUAAACAAAAGUUAAUGUCUUAGUCAGAAAUUAUCUACUGUUUGCAUCUAUUCCAGGAAAAAAGGAAUUAUGUAUACGAUUACCUUUUAGUACUCAGAACAAACAUACUCCAUGGCUGUCGAAAUGUGCGAAUAUAGUACUUCACACCUGGUUUUGUGAUC